UGCAAUCUCUCUUCCAGGUAGACAGAAGCAUGAUUAGGAAUACUGACCCAAAGCAUCUAACACAGCCUACAUUCACAGAGACUCUUAGAAACAGAGUUUCAGGGGCUGGGUUCUGGGAUGAGGUGGACAGAGGGCAGGAUGGAGAUGACCUUGGAGCAGCACUUAGAGGACACAAUGAAGAAUCUGUCUAUUGCUGGAGUUCUGUGUACAGAUUCACAAGGACUUAAUCCAGGCUGCCAUGGAACCCGGUUGGAUGAACAUACUGGAAUGGUAUCUAUUCUAGCCCAGCAAGCAGCUAAGCUAACCUCUAACCCCACUGAUAUUCCUGUGGUGUGUCUAGAAUCAAAUAAUGGGAAUAUUAUGAUCCAGAAAUAUGAUGGCAUCACAGUGGCAGUGCACAAAAUGUCCUGUCCUGUAACAAGGACUCGAUCCUACUUAUAUUAAUUAUCUUACACAACUACUAAAGUUCUAGCAAUUAGGCUAU